AUGAACGUUUCAUUCCACUCGCCCGCACCCAGGACAGCUAUCUCGGGCAGCAAGGCCCAUAGGCAGAGUAAACAGCACGGAUUGGAGGAUAUGGAGCUCGACGGCGACCAUGAGGAUGGUGCCAACGGAUCUGGUGUCAAGGCCUCCACACUCCACGUCGUCACGCCAGGAGAGGUCAUCACCAACGAUACAGCCUUCAUGAGGGGUCACGGAACAUAUAUCGAGAACGAGAAGGUGGUCUCAAGUGUUGCUGGAGUGGUGGAUCGCGUCAACAAAUUGAUCUCUGUCAGACCAUUGCACACAAGAUACACUGGAGAGAUUGGAGAUGUUGUGGUGGGCAGGAUUACAGAGGUUGCACAGAAGCGGUGGAAGGUCGAUGUGAGCGCACGUCAGGAUGCGAUCUUAAUGUUGAGUUCUAUCAACUUGCCCGGAGGAGUUCAGAGGAGAAAACAAGAGUCUGACGAGUUGCAGAUGCGCAGUUUCUUCAUGGAGGGCGACUUGGUUGUGGCAGAGGUUCAGGCGUUCUUUGGAGAUGGUGCCUAUUCUCUCCACACCCGUAGUUUGAAGUACGGCAAGCUCAGGAACGGAACUUUUAUCUCUGUGCCUCCAGCGUUGGUUCAGCGCUGCAAAUCGCAUUUCCAUUCGUUGGCCUGUGGAGUUGAUGUGAUCUUGGGUCUUAACGGGUACAUCUGGGUCAGUGCUCACGUCCCCCAGAACUUGGAUGAGAUUGAUACCGAGCUCGUGUAUUCCAACAAGAACAAGGAGGAUAUUACACCUAGGGACAGAGAGUCGAUUGCUCGUGUCGGCAACUGUAUCCGGGCGCUCGCGGAUGAGUUCAUCUUUAUCAACGAUACCAUCAUCUCGUUCGCAUAUGAGGCCUCAUUACAGUACAAACUCAAGGACAUGAACAAGAAGGAGAUCAUGCAUGCGAUCGCAACAGAGGCUACCACUGCCGUCGAUAACAUGAAGGGAUAA